GGCGCGGCCCGGGGACAGCGGGGCUCCCGGCGACCGGAUGAGGACUUUGCUUCACUGAGGUCCGGCCGUGGGCCCGGCGGCGCCGGCUUCCGAGAGAGGCCUGGUGGGGCCACCCAGGGCGGGGUCCCGGCCGUGGGGCUGACGGCGGGGCGUUGGGGCUUGGAGGCCGGAGGCGGCCGGGCGGGUUGGAGGAGGGGGCAAGCCCUCUGGGGACAGCCUGGGGACUUCCCCUGUGUUCCGGGGGUUCCUGCCAGGCCUCAGGAAGGGGCCUGAUCAGAUGGAGAACUCGGUGACCUGCUUGUCUUCGGGAGUUUAUUUCUCAGGGGCCUCCAUUCGGGUCGAGGAAGCAAGGCAAGGGGGGCUCUGCGGAGGCCAUCCGUCCUGGAAGCAGACUCUGGGCAUUCUCAGCCCAGCUGCGUUUCUGGGCCCCCAUUGGGUGACCCUGAGCAAACUCCUUCCGAGACUGACGUUUUCCUCUGUGGAGUGGAGGUGACACUAGCCUCGGAAGGAGACCUGCCCAUCAGAGGGGAAGGCCCCCUCCCGGUUCUUGGCGGGAAGAGAGAAAAGUGUUAGGAAGUUUUCCUCCUCGCCGCCGCCCCCUUUGGCGCUCAUCUCCACAGUGAAUGGGAGACGUUUUUGACUGUACAGACUUGGAAGCCGUGGAGGGGUCAGAGGGUACCAUGCAGCGUUCCUCCACCCUCACUGCACUGCCAGCUGCUGGCUGUGGGCACCUGGCUGGAGCCCGUUGGUUUGCUGAGCUUAGAGAUUUGUUUGCUUCCAGCAUUGUGAAAUUCCCCCGGUUUGUUCAUAGAAGGCUUUGGCUGGUGACAUCUGCCAGGAAUCUAACUUUCCUCUCCCCAGAAGUGAUGCAGAGCAGUAUUGAGGUGGUCUUUGGGAAGAAGCUUCCUGCCUUUGCCACCAUCCCCAUCCACCAGCUGCAGCAUGAGAAGAAAUAUGAUAUCUAUUUUGCAGAUGGAAAGGUGUACGCAUUGUAUAGGCAGCUGCUGCAGCACGAGUGCCCGCGGUGCCCCGAGCUGCCGCCUUUCAGCCUCUUCGGGGACCUGGAGCAGCACAUGCGGAGACAGCAUGAGCUCUUCUGCUGCCGGCUGUGCCUCCAGCACCUCCAGAUCUUCACAUAUGAGCGCAAGUGGUACUCGCGCAAGGACCUGGCCCGGCAUCGCAUGCAGGGUGACCCCGAUGACACAUCGCACCGUGGCCACCCGCUCUGCAAGUUCUGUGACGAGCGCUACCUGGACAAUGAUGAGCUGCUUAAGCACCUGCGCCGCGACCACUACUUCUGCCACUUCUGCGACUCAGACGGGGCCCAGGACUACUACAGCGACUAUGCCUACCUGCGUGAGCACUUCCGGGAGAAGCACUUUCUGUGUGAGGAGGGCCGCUGCAGCACGGAGCAGUUCACCCACGCCUUCCGCACCGAGAUCGACCUCAAGGCCCACAGGACGGCCUGCCACAGUCGCAGCCGCGCCGAGGCGCGCCAGAACCGCCACAUCGACCUGCAGUUCAGCUACGCGCCACGGCACUCGCGCCGGAACGAGGGGGUCGUUGGUGGCGAAGACUACGAGGAAGUGGACAGGUACAGUCGCCAGGGCCGAGUGGCCCGGGCUGGCACUCGCGGAGCCCAGCAGAGCCGCCGAGGAAGCUGGAGGUACAAAAGGGAAGAGGAGGACCGAGAAGUAGCAGCUGCUGUCCGGGCCUCCGUGGCCGCACAGCAGCAGGAGGAGGCUCGCAGGAGUGAGGACCAGGAGGAAGGCGGCCGGCCCAAGAAGGAGGAGGCAGCGGUGCGGGGUCCUGAGGAGCCCCGUGGCCCCCGGCGCUCACCCCGGACUCAGGGCGAAGGCCCAGGCCCCAAGGAAACCUCUGCAAAUGGUCCUGUAAGCCAAGAAGCCUUCUCGGUGACAGGCGCAGCCACUCCAGGUACCCUCCCACCACCCAGCCCGAAGCUCAAGGACGAAGACUUCCCCAGCCUCUCUGCCUCCACUUCCUCCUCCUGCUGCACUGCAGCAACCCCGGGCCCUGUGGGGUUGGCGCUGCCGUACGCCAUCCCUGCCAGAGGCAGGAGUGCCUUCCAGGAGGAGGACUUCCCCGCCCUGGUGUCCUCGGUGCCCAAGCCUGGCACCACCCCCACCAGCCUCGUCUCUGCCUGGAACAGCAGCAGUAGCAGCAAGAAGGUAGCACAGCCCCCACCCUCGGUGCAGGCUACCGGCAGCGGCCAGCCCACCAGGAAGGCUGGGAAGGGGAGCAGGGGCAGCAGAAAGGGCGGCCCGCCCCUCACACAGGAGGAGGAGGGCGGCAGUCCGACUGUGCAGGAGCUUCUAAGCACGCGCCCCACGGGCUCCGUCUCCUCCACACUGGGGCCGGCCUCCAUCCAGCCCUCUAAGGUUGGCAAGAAGAAAAAAGUGGGCUCGGAGAAGCCGGGCACCACAUUGCCACAGCCCCCGCCCACUACCUGUCCCCCAGGGGCUUUGCAGGCCCCGGAAGCUCCUGCCAGCAGAGCCGAGGGGCCAGUUGCCGUCAUUGUUAAUGGACACACAGAGGGCCCGGCCCCGGCUCGGAGUGCCCCCAAGGAACCCCCAGGGCUCCCAAGGCCCCUGGGGUCCUUCCCCUGCCCCACGCCACAGGAGGACUUCCCAGCGCUCGGCGGCCCCUGCCCGCCCCGGAUGCCGCCGCCCCCAGGCUUCAGCGCUGUGGUGCUCCUGAAGGGCACGCCUCCCCCACCCCCGCCGGGCCUGGUGCCCCCAGUCAGCAAGCCGCCGCCCGGCUUCUCUGGCCUUCUGCCUAGCCCCCACCCGGCCUGCGUACCCAGCCCCGCCACCACCACCACCACAAAAGCACCCAGGCCGCCGCCUGCCCCGCGGGCCUACCUAGUCCCCGAGAACUUCCGGGAGAGGAACCUUCAGCUCAUCCAGUCCAUCAGGGACUUCCUGCAGAGCGACGAGGCCCGCUUCAGCGAGUUCAAGAGCCACUCAGGGGAAUUCAGACAGGGCCUGAUCUCCGCAGCCCAGUAUUACAAGAGUUGUCGGGACCUGCUGGGGGAGAAUUUCCAGAAGGUCUUUAAUGAGCUGCUGGUCCUACUGCCCGACACGGCCAAGCAGCAGGAGCUCCUGUCUGCACACACGGACUUCUGCAACCGCGAGAAGCCUCUCAGCACCAAGUCCAAGAAGAACAAGAAGAGCGCGUGGCAGGCCACCACGCAGCAGGCGGGCCUGGACUGCCGUGUGUGCCCCACCUGCCAGCAGGUGCUCGCGCAUGGCGAUGCCAGCAGCCACCAGGCGCUGCAUGCUGCCCGGGACGACGACUUCCCCUCCUUGCAAGCCAUCGCCAGGAUCAUCACGUAGCUCCCGCCAGCGUGGCCAGAGCUGUCGCACCAUGAACAUCCUUCCUCCUUCCUCUCUGGGCUGCCAGGCAGCCAGGUAAGGCCCAGUGAGGCCACCUGGCCUCCCCACCAGGAAGUCACCAGGACGGUCCACCCACCCUGUUGGCACACUCAGGCGGGAGUCCACCCCUGUCUCGGUGGGCCAGUCUUGGUUUGCAUUCUUGUGCUUUUGGGAGGUGCCAGGGGAGGGAAGGGCUGGGAUGCUGGGACCUGUUGUUGCUGGCAAAGCCAGAGGUCACAGUGGCCUCAUCUGGGCCCUCCCGAAGCUGAGGGCUGCAGCCCCUGCGGCCUCAGAGCUGAAAGCUGCGGCGCCACUGGUGCCAGAGUCAGAUGUCACAGAUGUGUGUUGUGUAAACAGUUGGCUGUUUUGUGCUUCAAGAAUGUUCAGGAUUAAAAGCAGACAAGAAAUUGUGCUACUUGAAGUUGAAUCUUUUUAUGAGACAAGCUGAAUCUGGGAUCUCAAAUUGCCUCUGACCUUUUAUAAGACAGUUUAUCUUCAAAUAAAUUUAUUUUGCAAUACCACGCA